AUGGGCUUCGACAUUAUUAUUGUCAAGCAAAUGACGACAACCCGCCGAGCCCAACCUGAAGAAGCAACAACCAGGAACCUUCCAUUGUUCCUGACAACCUUGCUGCAGAGGGCAAAAUCACAGGAAAUAUUCAAUGUCAAGCCUUUGCCACAUAUCAGUCAAGGUGGAGACCUUCCUCUGGUGAAAGAGCCUCCUGAACAUAUUUAUGAAACUACCAAGUGCUUUGUCAACUCUGCCCUUUCCCCAACGCUGGACACAGUUUCUGCUGUGAAGAAUUAUGGAACACAGAAAGCACAGCCCAUUAAAGUGUUAAGUCUGUACAAGGCAAAUGAAAUGUUGGCCACACGAUAUGGAAAUAUGGCACUUGGUGGGUUUGAGAAAACUGCCGCACUUGCCGAAAAGUAUCUGGAUUAUUACUUCCCUGCUACAGAACAAGAACUGGAACAGGAAAAUGGGUCAUCUUCAGCUGACGAUAGUGACAAAGUUAUGCGCACAGUUCAUACUGUGGGACAUCUGUCUAACAAGUUUGCCCACAGAGUCUACAACGUCAUUUCCUCACAAGUGAAGAACCUGAACAAGGACAGUAUGCAGCAGUAUAUAAAUUCAUUAGCUAUCAUCAUGCAUCUUACAAAUUAUCUGAGCACAGUAAAUCAAAAUCUGAAGGCUACAACUUCCAGCAGUGAGAUUCAACAUACAGAAGAAGAAAAAUCAAAAAGUCACAGACCAAAGGCAGAAGAAGAGAAAUUAACCAUAGCAUGAUGUGUGCCCACAAUU